CCUCUAGCUCGCUAUUCCAGCGAGUUUCUGGCUGCUGCUGCCUCCCGCUUCCGGCAGCUCGGGUGAUGGCGGAUGAAAGUGGUGUUUUGCAGCGGGUCCCACCGGAACUGGACGAUGAGGACGAAGAGGAGGAUGCCCCGGGGACUGACAGCGACACCGAGGGGGAGGAUAUAUUCACCGGGGCAGACAGAAGCAUAACUACCACCCAGACCAAGAAGGAGUCUCCUCCAGAACCCUCCAGGGAAAAUGGCCUGUUUUCAGAAGAAGAUGAACAGGAUCUGUUUGCUGAUUCCACAGUCAAGCUGGCAGUGGACAGUUCUCAAAAUAACCAAAAAGAGGAGGAAAAAAAGGGACCACUGACUACACCCAUGCUCAUAGCAGCUUGUGCCCCCUCCAAAGCAAAGCACACGUCUUACGAAGAGCUUGAAGAAGAAGAACAGGAGGAUCAAUUUGAGCUGAUUGUCAGCAUUAGAGAUCCAGAGAAAAUCGGGGAUGGCAUGAAUGCGUACAUGGCUUACCAAGUAACAACCCAGACCAACUUGCCUAUGUUCAGGAGUAAACAUUUCACUGUGAAAAGACGGUUCAGCGACUUCCUGGGCCUGUAUGAAAAGCUUUCUGAGAAGCACUCACAGAACGGGCUGAUUAUCGCGCCACCCCCAGAGAAAAGCCUGAUCGGUAUGACCAAAGUGAAAGUUGGGAAGGAGGACUCCUCUUCUUCUGAAUUUCUGGAACGUAGACGGGCAGCUUUGGAGAGAUAUCUCCAGAGAAUAGUCAGCCACCCAACGCUUUUACAAGAUCCAGAAGUUCGGGAGUUUCUGGAAAAGGAAGAGCUUCCCCGUGCUGUCAAUACCCAGACGCUAAGUGGAGCAGGACUUCUCAAGAUGUUUAACAGGGCCACUGAUGCGGUGAACAAAAUGACCAUCAAAAUGAACGAGUCCGAUGUUUGGUUCGAGGACAAGCUGCUGGAGGUGGAGAAUGAAGAGCAGCAUUUGCGCAAGCUGCACGCAGUGGUCGAGACUCUAGUGAACCAUAGAAAAGAAUUGGCUCUGAACACUGCCCAGUUCUCGAAGAGUCUCGCCAUGCUUGGCAGCUCUGAGGAUAACACUGCCCUAUCGAGAGCCCUUUCCCAGCUUGCCGAAGUGGAGGAGAAGAUAGAACAACUCCAUCAGGAGCAAGCCAACAGUGACUUCUUCCUGCUGGCCGAGCUGCUGGCUGAUUACAUCCGCCUACUUUCUGCUGUCAGGGGAGUAUUUGACCAACGCAUGAAAAUAUGGCAGAAGUGGCAGGAUGGCCAGGCCAACCUACAGAAGAAAAGAGAGAAUGAAGCGAGGCUGCUGUGGGCUAACAAACCAGACAAGCUGCAGCAGGCAAAGGAUGAAAUCUCAGAGUGGGAAUCCAGAGUGACGCAGUAUGAGAGGGAUUUUGAAAGGAUUUCCACAACUGUACGAAAGGAGGUGGCACGGUUUGAGAAAGAGAAAUCAAAGGAUUUUAAAAGUCACAUAGUUAAAUAUCUGGAAACACUCCUGAACGCACAGCACAAGCUGGUUAAGUAUUGGGAAGCAUUUUUACCAGAAGCGAAAGUUAUAUCCUAAUGGCCACAGGUGGAAUUACAGCCCGGACAGACCUAUGUCUUUUCUGCCACGUCUGUUUUGUUCGUUUUAAUGUAUAUGCAUUUAUAUUCUACCCAUUGCCUUUUAAAAACUCUCUCUGCCUUCCAAUACGUGUGAUUUUCUGGGAGGUACUUCCCUUUAAACCAAUUCUGUGCUGCACGGCCAGAUGAAAACUUCAGGUUCUUUUGGCAUCAGAAGGAUUGACCAAUAAUAUAGACUAUACUUAUUUUUUUUCUUUUUCUUAUUUUUAAUGGUCAAAUGGGAGAUCAUGCUGGGUCAAGUUCAGAGCUACGUGCAGGCUUGGGUAAAGCUCUGACACUGACCUUUUAGUCACAGUGCACGGAAGUCACAUAUACAUCUGUUACCUUUCCAUGUGUAUAUUUUCUGUUUAACUUCCACAUAUAUUUUCUUAUUAAAACUGCAGUUUAGAGCUUUCAGCAAAUGAGAAAAAGUUACAAAGACAAAAAAAUGAAAUAAUAAAAAAAUAUAACUACUAGCUAAGUGGGCAUUUCUGGGGAGGGUUUAUUAAGUAAAUUUAUAAUGUAUAUUUUUUUUGGGCUGUGAUACAAAGAAUGGAGUAUUUCUAUUCUGGGAGAACCACACAAUUAUUCAAUAAAAUGGUUUGUUAAAAUAA